AUGCCGACUGCCAUGCCAGGGCUCUGGCUCCUCCUGUCGCUGAUAUUUGCUUGCAUUGCUGAAAGUGAUAAUGUCCGAGAGACUUCUGUCACUUCUAAAGGGUUGAAACUGAAGAACAUUUAUAAAAGGAGCACCGUAUGCAGGGAAGGCCAGCACCUUGCAGAUAGUAGCUUACUAUGCUGUCAGCUGUGUCCUGCUGGUCGAUGGAAAAGUAGAGACUGCGAAGUCAGUGAGGGAGCACCAGUUUGUGAGCUAUGUGAAGAAGGGAAAGAGUACACAGAAAAUGACAAUUAUUUAAAUAGGUGUUUCAAAUGUAAAUAUUGUGAUGAAGUACAUGGACUGGAAGUGGCAAAAAACUGUACCCGGACCCAGAACACCCAGUGCAGAUGUAAAGCAAACUUUUUCUGUAUUAACUCUCUGUGUGACCAAUGUGAACCUUGCAGCACGUGUGAGCAUGGAAUCAUUGAGAAAUGCACACCAACUAGUAAUGCUAAAUGCAAAGAAAAAGAUAUUGACUUGAGUGAAUAUAUCACGUACAUUGCUUACAGAAUGACAAUGAAUGAAGUUAAAGAAUUUGUUCGAAAGAAUGGUACCGAAGAAGCCAAAAUAGAUGAGAUUAAGAGUAACUAUCCCCAAGAUGCAGCUGAACAGAAGGUCCAAAUGCUCCGUACCUGGUAUCAACAACAUGGGAAGAAAGGUGCAUAUCGCACUUUGAUUACAGGCUUAAAGAAAGCGAAUCUCUGUGCACAUGCAGAAAAACUCCAGGAAUUAGUUCAGAAAGGCCUUCCCAGUGAUGCCAAAACAGCAAGCAUCACAAAUGAAAAUGAAAGACAAAGCUCAGCAGAGACUUAA